AUGGGUCGCUGCCAGAAUACCAAUCUAGAGACAUCGCUUGAGAACUUUGAACUUUUAGGAUUCCCGUACCCCAAAGACCUGAAAUUCCUGUUUCUCUUCUUCUUCCUCCUCAUGUAUAUACUGUCACUUUCUGGAAAUGGCUUGAUUGUCUUAGUAGUAGCAUUGGAGCCUAAUUUACACAAGCCAAUGUACUGGUUCCUCUGUCAUUUGUCCCUGAUGGACAUGAUGGUCUCCUGUGUUGUGUUGCCCAAAUUAAUAACUUGGCUGAUAGAAGGCAAUGGGGUCAUCUCCUUUGCAGGCUGUGUAACUCAGCUUUUCUUCUUCCACUUCCUGGGCUGCACGGAAUGCUUCCUGUACACCGUGAUGGCCUUUGACCGCUUUAUGGCCAUCUGCAAACCACUCCACUAUGGCACUAUCAUGAACCACCGAGUUUGCUUCUGUCUUGCAGUCGGUACCUGGUUUGGAGGAUCUCUGCAUGGAGUGAUACAUUCUUCCCUUACCUUCCACUUGCCAUAUGGCUGGAGAAACCAGGUGGCUUACAUAUUAUGUGACAUCCCCGCUAUGCUGAAAUUAGCCUGUGCAGACACAUCCCUCAAUGAGAUGGUGACCUUGGUCGACAUAGGGUUUGUGGCCAUGACAUGUUUCCUCUUGAUUCUGACAUCCUACGUAUAUAUUGUCUCUGCCAUCCUGAGAAUUCCCACUUCUAAAGGGAGACACCGGGCCUUCUCCACUUGUACAGCCCAUGUCACCUUGGUGGUGAUAUAUUAUGUUCCCGUGGUAUACAACUAUGUACGUCCACCAUCUCAGGACUCCUUUGAUGGAGUGGUGGUCAUGUUCUAUGCUGCAGUGACCCCCUUCUUAAAUCCUCUUAUAUACACGCUGAGGAAUAAGGAGAUGAAAGAUGGUAUACAGAAAUUGUGCAGUAGGAAACCACCCCGGUACGAAUGGAGAUCAUUUUGUUGA